AUGGAAUCAUUAAAAAACAAUGAUGAAAGAAUUGAAAAUUUUUUAAAUGAAUUAAAAAAUCUUCAAUCAAAUAUUGACAAAGAUAUUAAAGAAUUUUCAAAUUCUCCAAAUACUUCAAAUGCUGAAAAAGAUGGAAAGUUUCUUAGUAAACAUGAUGAAGAAUUAUACAACAAACAAAUAAUUCGUUUAACACAAGAAGAUAGAAUUUCAAAUUUAAGUUCUUUAAUCAAUUCUAAUAUUGAAGAUUCUUUUUUAUUAGCUUAUCAAACUAUUCUAAACAAUUUACCAGGGGUUGGUCCAGUUUUCCAAAUGAUCUUUGGUAUUAUGGGUAAUGGUAUAGAUUUAGAAAAAUUUUACAAGGAGAUCAUUGCACAAGUAGAGAAAAUGAUUAAAAAAUCUCUUGAAGAUUAUUUUAAAAACCAAUGUAAUAUUAUUUUUAAUAAUUUAGGAAAAGCAUGUGACCAACAUAAGGAACUAACUCAAAAAUGGUAUGAUAAUCAUGGUAUCAGAUCAAUGAACCAUUUAGGUGAAGAAAUCCCACAAUCAUCAUCCACAAUUGAAUCUGAUGAAACAUUAACUCCAAUGAUACAUGCAAGUUAUCUAGAUUUAAAAAUGAAAUUCAAUGAUGCUCUAACCUAUUUCACUGAUUCCAAAUAUCGUGGUCAUGUUGCACCUUUAUUGACAUAUACCUCAGUUAUGUAUUUCGCUUUUCUUCGUGAUAUUUUGAAAUAUGGUAAAGAAAUGAAAUUUGAUAAUUCAAUAAUUGAUGGCACUGCAAAUACUCCAGGGAUAAAAAAGAUUUCAAAUGAUUUUGUAAAUAAAUCAUUAUCAGAAUUUUUAAAAUCAGGAGUUGAAUACACCAAAGUUGUUAAUUCUCUUCAAGAGGGUGAAUGGCAAACAUAUCCACCACCAAUUGGUAGAGUAUGGGUUCCACCAGUUCCAAUCGAAUGGGUAUCUCCUCCAGCUACAAGCUUGGCAUUGAAAUUCUUUUUGGCCAAUACUGAUAACUAUCCUAAAGGUGGUAAAGUAGUUAAGGUUACUAAUGGAUAUUAUGAACUUAGUCCAAUUAAAAUGACCUAUGCUCUUGAAGUUUAUUAUAGCUCUGGUCAUGGAUAUUCUGUCAAUUACUAUCCAAGCUAUCGUUUCGGUGGAAAACCAAUUUUACCCCUUAUCGCUCCAGUUGUUAAUACUUUGUUUACAAUGUUAAAUCCAAAUCGUUUUAGUAGAACUUUUAAAAUUAGAAUUACUCAUAAAAUUGUUAGAGAAGCAAAAUGGAAUUUAGAUUUCUUUGAUAAUGAAGUUGGUGAAGCAGGUUCAUUUAACCAAAAAUUUGUUUUCACUUCAACUACUUCACAUAUUAACCCAAUUUGUGAUAAAAGUGAAACUGCUGGUGUCACUGAAAUUCCAGGACCAUUUACAACUGAUAAAAAGUAUAUUAGAUUAACAUGUAUUCGUAAAUUUAAUUUACAAGAACCAAAAAAUGAAGGAUAUGCAUAUGGAUCAUCAAUUUUUUCUGUAGAAUUAAUUGAUUUAUAA